UUCAGGGCUCGCGGCUUUAAAUGAGGAGGUCGGACUACUCGGUCGCGUGCGAGUGGAGGGAGUGUAUGGGGACUGUUGUGGAAAGAGCGCUCCUAUAGAAAUUGUGACAGUCGCACAGAGGCAGGACGCUUUAUUUGACAUUUCUCUCUCCAUCUCUAUUUCUCUUACAUCUCCAAUCUCUGUCGGAGGAAGAAAAAACAUUUUAAAAGAACUGUUGGAGAAGUGUCAGGUCAGUCAGCAGGAUGCACCGGCACAGAGGAGGCCAUGGAGGAGGAGGUCCUCAGGAAGUGGAGCUAACAGACGAAGAGAAGGAGAUCAUCAACAGUGUUCUGGCUCGGGCUGAGACCAUGGAGGCCAUGGAGCAGGAGAGGAUAGGGCGUUUUGCCACUAGGUUGGACAGUAUGAAGAAGACAGCAUGUGGAGAUGGUCACUCUCGCUGUCUGCUGUGUGGAGAGACGUUUGGCCAGCAGGGAGUCAACUCCGUACUCUGUUCCCACUGCAAGAAGCAUAUGUGCAGUAAGUGUGGGAUUCAGAACAACAGCCGCUCGUCAUGUCCUGUGUGGGUCUGUAGGAUCUGCAGCGAGCACAAAGAGAUGUUGAAGCGUUCUGGAGCGUGGUUCUUUAAGGGCCAACCCCAGAAGGUCCUCCCUGCUCCCCUGCCCAUCUCCAGGCCCAGAGGGACAGGUAGAGAGAGCCCCCGUACCCUGAACCCCACCCAUCACCAGCCCAGUACCCAGCCCUAUGCCCGUACCCAGACCCAGCCCAUCUACCAGCCAGACGCUGGUGCCCAGGACUGCACAGAGCAGCAGGAGCAGCAGGGUAACUGCUGCUCCAACACAGAGAACCAAGAGCCCACCGAUGAGCCCCCGUACUCCAGCUCAGAGCAACAGGACCCAGAGGGGUAUAGCUCUGCUCAGACACUAGGGGGCGUUGCUGUGCAGGAAGAGAUGGUGAAGAACCAGUCUAAGUUAGGCUCCAGACCUCCCACAGCCAGGGGGAGAGAGAACACGCCAGCUCCAGCUGACUCAGUCGCACCACAGGCCCCUGCGCCCGAGGAGAGCAGACACCCUCACCAGAGGGAGGAUAGAGCCCCAACUCCAGUCGGGGAGGAGAAACCCACUCCUGCCCCCAAACCCACCCUGGCAGCACGCCCAGCCCCCGCUCCUGUCGAGGACGAUGACAACGAAUAUGACUCUGAUGAAUCCACCACCCUGGGGUUACUGGAGUUCACUCUGCAUUAUGAACAGGAGAGCAACGCGCUGCACUGCAAUAUAGUCAAAGCCAAGGGCCUAAAGCCGAUGGACUCUAAUGGCCUAGCAGACCCUUACGUCAAGCUGCACCUCUUACCUGGAGCCAGUAAGUCUAACAAGCUGCGUACUAAGACACUGAAGGGCACUCUGAACCCAGUGUGGAAUGAGACUCUGGUGUACCACGGUAUCACUGACGACGACAUGCAGCGCAAAACGCUACGGCUGUCAGUGAGUGAUAUGGACAAGUUUGGGCACAAUGAGUUCAUCGGAGAGACGCGUGUUGCUCUGAAGAAACUCAAAGCCAACCAGAAGAAGAACUACAGUGUGUGUCUGGAGAGGGUGGUCCAGGUGAAGAAGGCAGGAACAGGAGGCUCAGCCCGGGGCAUGGCACUCUACGAGGAGGAGGUAAAGGAGGAUGCAGAGGAGAGGGGUCGUAUCCUGGUCUCUCUAACCUACAGUACCCAGCAGGGUCGUCUGAUAGUGGGAGUGGUGCGAUGUGCUCACCUGGCAGCUAUGGACUCUAAUGGAUACUCAGACCCCUUCGUCAAGAUCUUCCUGAAACCAGACAUGGGGAAGAAAGCCAAGAACAAGACUCAGAUAAAAAAGAAGACGCUGAACCCAGAGUUCAACGAGGAGUUCAGCUAUGAGAUCAAACAUGGUGAGCUGGCCAAGAAGAGCCUGGACAUCUCAGUCUGGGACUAUGACAUGGGAACAUCCAAUGAUUUCAUUGGAGGGUGCCAGCUGGGCAUCACAGCCAAGGGGGAAUGUCUGAAGCACUGGUACGAAUGUCUGAAGAACAAAGACAAGAAGAUUGAGCGCUGGCACGUCCUCCUAGAUGACAACACCGUUAAAGACACGGACGACUAAGUCACGACCUCUUCUUCCUCUUCUCCUCCUCCCUAGAUUCAUCCACCCAGGCUGUUUCUAUCUUCCUCUCAAAUAUAUUAUUUUGUCUUCCAUUCUUGGUCUUCCUACUUUUAGUAAUGUGAACCUGAAUUAGCAGCAAAUGAAGGGCCUCUGUUUUUACAACUUCUUUCUUCGUGUGCUGACAGAAUGCUUAUUGUAUGCAUGUACUCAUCAACACAGUGUUUACAGUGAAACAAAAAGAACUGCAACACAUUAUAUAGAUUACAUUAUGUAGAUGACAUCGUCUCUGACCCCCACCCUAGAUUGUGCUGUACAGAGUUAUGGCAUGGUCAUAAUCUGUGUUCUAUACUUCUAUACUGUGCUCUUAUGACAUGGUCAUAAUCUGUAUUCUAUACUUCUAUACUUUGCUCUAAGGACAUGGUCAUACUCUGUAUUAUAUACUUCUAUACUGUGCUCUUAUGACAUGGUCAUAAUCUGUGAUCUAUACUUCUAUACUGUGCUCUCAUGACAUGGUCAUAAUCUGUAUUCUAUACUUCUAUACUUUGCUCUAAGGAUAUGGUCAUACUCUGUAUUAUAUACUUCUAUAUUGUGCUCUUAUGACAUGGUCAUAAUCUGUGUUCUAUACUUCUAUACUGUGCUCUUAUGACAUGGUCAUAAUCUGUGUUCUAUGCUUCUAUACUGUGCCCUUAUGACAUGGUCAUAAUCUGUGUUCUAUACUUCUAUACUGUGCUCUUAUGACAUGGUCAUAAUCUGUGUUCUAUACUUCUAUACUGUGCUCUCAUGACAUGGUCAUAAUCUGUAUUCUAUACUUCUAUACCGUAACUGCAGGGUACAAGGGUUUGCUCUGACAAAGCAUAAUCUUCAAGUGGUACUGUAUGUACAAACAGUUUGUUAAAAGGAGGAUAUGAUGGAUGUUACGGAAUAUAUAUUGAUGUUAUUUAUGUAUGAAGAUGUUUACAUAGUUAGUAUUAGCUGUUUAUGUUGAUAACAUGUCAUGUUAUUGAAGCAUUAGCUCGCCUAAGAAACAUGGGAUAUCAUAGAAACCUGGAAUGCACUGAUUUAGAUAUUGCUCUCUAUUUCUUUAUCUAUCUCUGUCUGUCUCUCUAUCUCUGUCUGUCUCUCUCUCUCUGUCUGUCUCUCUGUCUCUCUCUCUGUCUGUCUCUAUAUCACUGUCUAUCUCUCUAUCUCUGUCUGUCUCUCUAUCUCUGUCUGUCUCUCUCUCUGUCUCUAGCUCUCUCUCUCUCGCGGAGAACAAAGAAAUGACUCCAAGCCUGAUGAAAUACUAAACAAUUCUGUCGACAUGGUCAUAUUGCACUGCACUGCAUUUUACUGUGACAGACAGAUAACAAAUGCGCACAAAAUACAUGCUGAGCGUGAGCCCUGUCUUGAUCAUGUGACGUAUACAUUGAUCUGUAGUAGGUUUGAUUGCUAGACAUUCUCAAAUGUGAAAUAAUCUCUGAUAGCGUAUGUUAAACAGUAAUGCAAUAUAAAGUAAAAUAAAAUAUGAAAACUGUAAA